GCCUGCCUGUGGCUUCCUAAGGACCCAUCCUUUAUCUGCACAAGUCUUACUAGUAUGAAGUCCACUCUAGAGGUGGCUUCUUCAGCCAGGGGCGUCCUGGAUCUUUCCAGACUCCUUUGCAAUGCUGCCUGAUGCGGUGACUUCAUUGCUUUCCCAGCCUGGCGCUUGGCAGGCUGUCUCCCUUCCUUCCUUCCCCAUCUCCCUCUCUUUUCUCCCACGGCCCAUCUGCCCCUCCUUCCCUCCACCCCCCUCUCCGCUCUGCUCCCCUUUAUUUCCACUCCCCACCCGCGUGGCUUUGCGCUCCCUCUCUCUCCCCCUUGACUUGUCUGUAUUUGGAGCUCCCGGAAGCCUGCGGCUCUCCCCGGGAGCAGCGUGACCGACACCGACUCCCAUUCAGGGGAGGGAGGAGGGGAGAAGGGCUGACGGGAGGAGGUCGCGAGUGGCGGGCCACGGAUUUGGCAUCGCGGGGACAAGACCCCAGGACGCCCAAGCAGAAUGGAGGCAAUGCAGGGAUUGGUGGAGAGACUGGAACAGGCAGUCGGCCGACUGGAGUUGCUGUCUGCGGUGUCACACCGGCCUCCUGGGAACUGUGGGGAAAUUAACGGUGUCAACGGAGGUGUGGCCCCCUCGGUGGAAGCCUUUGAUAAGCUGAUGAACAGCACGGUGGCGGAGUUUUUAAAGAAGAGUAGGAUCCUCGCUGGCGAUGUGGAAACUCAUGCAGAAAUGGUGCACAGUGCUUUCCAGGCCCAGCGGGCUUUCCUCCUCAUGGCCUCCCAGUACCAACAACCCCAGGAGAAUGACGUGGCUGCACUUCUGAAACCAAUAUCGGAAAAGAUUCAGGAAAUCCAAACUUUCCGAGAGAGGAACCGGGGCAGCACCAUGUUUAACCAUCUCUCAGCCGUCAGCGAAAGCAUCCCUGCGCUGGGGUGGAUAGCUGUGUCCCCCAAACCCGGUCCUUAUGUCAAGGAGAUGAAUGAUGCCGCCACCUUUUACACUAACAGGGUGUUAAAGGACUACAAACACAGCGAUUUACGCCAUGUAGAUUGGGUGAAGUCAUAUUUGAACAUCUGGAGUGAGCUUCAAGCAUACAUCAAGGAACACCACACCACAGGCCUUACUUGGAGCAAAAUAGGUCCGGUGGCCUCAGCCGCAGCCACGCUGUCUGCCCUCUCCCCUGGGCCUGGCCUUCCGCCUCCCCCGCCUCCUCCACCUCCUCCCGGGCCACCUCCACUUUUCGAGAAUGAAGGCAGCCAAGCGCAGUCCUCCCCUUCACGCUCAGCUUUAUUUGCACAACUGAACCAAGGGGAGGCCAUUACGAAAGGGCUGCGGCACGUCACGGAUGCGCAGAAGACAUACAAGAACCCCAGCCUGCGAACUCAAGGAGGACAAACUGCAUCUCCCACCAAAAGCCACUCCCCGGGCCCCAAGGCUCCCCAGUCACGUCCUCUUCAGAAACAUGCCCCUGUGUUCGAGCUGGAAGGGAAGAAGUGGAGAGUGGAGUACCAAGAGGACAGGAAUGACCUUGUGAUUUCAGAGACUGAACUGAAACAAGUGGCUUACAUUUUCAAGUGUGACAAGUCUACCCUACAGAUAAAAGGGAAAAUAAAUUCCAUUACAAUUGACAACUGUAAGAAGUUUGGUCUGGUGUUUGACAAUGUGGUGGGCAUUGUGGAAGUGAUCAACUCUAAGGAUAUUCAGAUGCAGGUCAUGGGGAAAGUGCCAACAAUUUCCAUUAAUAAGACAGAAGGCUGCCACAUAUACCUCAGUGAAGAUGCAUUAGACUGUGAGAUAGUGAGUGCCAAGUCAUCUGAAAUGAAUAUACUUAUCCCUCAGGACGGUGAUUAUAGAGAAUUCCCUAUUCCUGAACAAUUCAAGACUGCAUGGGAUGGAUCCAAGUUGGUCACUGAACCUGCAGAAAUUAUGGGUUAACCUCCAGAGAGACCAGACCCCCUGACCUGUAUCACCCCACCCCACCCCUCAAAAAAAAAAGCAGCGUUAAAGACCUAGAAGUUGCAGUCGCUCCUACUGCUUUAGCAGUGGCCUCCAACAAUUCUGUGCUAUAGAAACAGCAUCAUUUCUGGCAUGCUUUCAUGGGCAUUUUGAAAUAUUUAACAUUUCUUCAUGAUUUGCUUUUGUGUAUGACUUGAGUUCCAAUGAUAACUUGUGAGCAUUAUGCAUUUAAAGGGGAAAAAAAGAAUUCUGUUCCCUUCAUAUCAUUAGCACAGUAGCUGAUAAGUAAAAAUAUUGCAUGGUUCACUUUUGCACUUAUGUUUAAUUGCUAGCUGGAAAAUAAAACCUUCGAGAAUCUAAGAUGUACAUUUUUACCUUUAAGACAAUCUCAACAUGAUGUAGCAGUAGUAUGCUCUGAAAAAUUUGCCUUUUUUUUCUUAUUUUUACCACAUGUUCACCUUUAUCAGCAUGGAUACACUGUCAGCAUGAACACAUAUUUCAACCCAUGUUUUUACAGAACAAAAGAAAAUCCCAUACAAAGGACUAUAUCCAGUUUCUUGGUCUUUGGGACACCUGUAUUCUUUGCAGUUACUAAAAACCAAAAGUCAGGUCUCAUGAUCUGUCUUAAAUAUUUCCACCUGUCGUUUGGAAAACUUGUCGUUUGGCAUAAAGAUUUUUAUGCCAAAAAAUUGAUGAGUGGAAGCUGAUAUGUUACCUUACAAUUUUGCACUAAGAUCAAGCUCAAUUUUUGUUUUCCAAUUAUGCACCUGUUAAAUAUCAGAUGCCUUGUAAGUGAUGUCUUUAAUGUUAUAUUAUAGACCACUUUCUUCUUUUCCACUUGCCAGACUUGCUAACCAGUCUCAAAAACAAACAUGAAAAAGCCAUAAAUGUAUUACUUCUUCCAAAACCCAAGGAAUCGUUUGUUGGUUUGGCUUGCUGCUCCUAUUUUGUAGUAUUGAUAGUACAUGCUUUUUCAACAUAGUAUGAUACUCUUUUGUAUGUUUUUAGUACAUAGGGAUGAAAACCUGCAACUUCUUAGAUCAGAUAUACUGAGUUAUAGUAUAAUGCUUGCAGACCAAACACAAGCAUAUAUAUUGUGCCUAUUACAGCCUUUGGAAUACAUUGUUUCUGUUUUUUUAAAUAUCUCUAUAUCCAUAUGGAAUUAAAAUUACUAAUGCUCCUGUACCAAGGUUUUGCAAUAAAAGUUUUGUCUAUAUGAAUAAUGUUGUGGCUUUAGUAAAUAUCUUUUUUUCAAAUGUAAAUUUAUUAUGAAAUAAAGUAAUAUUCUAAUUGUUUAAAUGCUA